AAGAAUUGAAAUCAUAAAAUAAAAGAUCAUCACAAUAAGACAUCAUGGCCGUUCCACUUUUCGUCCGCUACCUGUACUCCCUCAUUCGCAAUGGGAUGUGGGAGGAUGCGGCUGUCGCCCGGACGGACCCUGUGUUUCAGAACUUCAAAGAUAUUCUGUUGCUGAAUUAUAGCAACACCAGCCAAGAAGUAGUCGCUGGGAUAUCAAAAAAGCCUACAACACCAGCACCAGCAGGAGGACCCCAGCAAGGACCACCACCACGUGCUGUCGCUGCCAGCUAUUUGUUUACCAAUGCUGAGGAACUUGUCGCCCCCUACUUGACCUGGCGCUUUUCGUACCUGGUUUGCGGGUCGUUUUUCGGGCUUUGGAAAAUCAUUCUGGACUCGCCCAUACCCGCGUUUGGGGGCAAGAGCUACGAGGAGCUUAAGCAGGACUACAAAAAGUUUCUCCAGGAACAAUUGCCUGUCGAAGUGUCGCUGGAUGAGUUCGACAGUCUGCUGGAAGUGUUAACCUACGAGGAUUUGGGGUUCUUCAUCGUCUCAAUUGUAUCGGUGUUCUUCACGAUUGUAUCUGUCUUGUUGCUGCUUUCGCUGUUUCGGACACUGCCGCGCGCGGUGGGGCCGGCGCGAAGCGGUGCUGUUGCUGUAGUUUCUGAUGCUAAUUUAUUUCGAAGAAGCGCGACAACGCGCCUCGGGACGACGAGGACGAGCUCGGCUUCAUUCUCUCCAUAUCAAAUGCAAAUAUGUCUGCUGGGUCUGGAAGGUUCGAACUUGUGAUGCUAACUUUGGACUCUAAAAAUAUCUGUAUUGCAUGACCAGCAAGAGGAGUGUAGUUUGUGCUACGCGGGGAGGGCAUUUGUCAUGCGAAGUAGGCAUCAGGAAGCCCUCUGAAAAUCUGUGAUGCUAGGUCGUGCAUUACAGACAUCCUGCUGGGCCAUGCAAAAUAUGCAUGGCAAACCCGGCAACAUUCCAGACCCAGACACUUUUGCAUUUGAUACACCAACGGCCUACGCAAACCCACACGGCGCAGCAGCUGUACCACAGGUGGACGAAGCCGUAACAGUUGUUCUUGGGAAGCCGCAAAUUUUUUUACAUGGCGGGGGAAACAAGCAAGUGCAAGGAGGGCCGCCGAGGACGUCAGGGGCAAAUAAAGAGGUGGGAACAUCAUUAAACAUUCAAGACAUUCUUAUGGAAGCGUCAGGAUCGAAAUCGUGAAAGUUGAAAUAGUUUGUGAUGCAUAAAAUGGAUACCAGUUGUAACCCAGCUUCCAAGUGGCGCAUGACAAAUUUGGGUAGAGCCGAAAGGCAGUUUGUCAUGCUGUCUGAGUAACGAAGACGCCUUUUGUCAUGCUACUUUAGCAGCUCAGUUUCUACCUCUCAACAGGCUUACAAUCUGCCUAGCUUGCCUACUCUGCAAGACAGGCACUUCGUGCGCUGCAUUUUAUGCAUGACAAAUCAUUUCAACUUUGUCGAUUUCGAUUCUGACACUUCCAUAAUUCUCCAGGAAGAAGCCGAGCGAUUGAGGGCGAAGCAACAGAAGUUCUUCGUGAGUCAGUCGCCAGCUGCGCAUAUCCUGUGCAAAAGUAUCGUACUUGUAGUAAUUGCAGUCAUGCAUUACAAACUUUUUUCCAAAGGUAAAUCCGCAUGACAAAUUUUAUUUCCCAUGCUGAGGAAAUUUGUAAUGCAUUUAUACGAGUGCGAUACUUUUGCGAUGCAUAGCGCAGCGCGCCGAGGACAAAGUUGCUCUGGAGGGUCACCAUAACCUGCCCCCACCAGGACCUCCUAGUCGUGAAAAUGAAAAUGACAUUUAUUUCUCGUCCGCAGUAGAUGGGCGAGGAGCCGCACAACUAGACCGCCAGCCUCUAACCCCCGCAGUUCCCCCCGGCGUGACUAUUCCCAACCUGCACUCGGCUCCACCGGAUAAAAAGAAUGUUAAACCUGCCACUACGUCGUGGUCGCAGGCUUCUCUAGCGGGCGGAAGUAGUGGUCUUCUAGAUCCGUACAGACCUACCCCGGAGCAGCAAUAUGAGUACAACGCAGUGGACUUCGAUUUGUCAGACUACAACACCGCAACGUCAUCAAAUGUCGCAAGGCAUCUUCAAACGGCGCAUCAUGCAAGAGCAAAUGGCUCUACUACAACUCACGGUCAAGAUGAGCCCGACGUUCUCCGCGCUUUGCCGGAAGCUAAGGAAAAAACCAAAUUGCUUUUCCACACCAUCGCUUACUCCCGCAAAACCGUGGCACUCGCUUGGCUGAUUGCGUUUGCUCCCCCGUUUCUAUUCCUCCUCAUCUACCCGAUUCGGUCGGCAGUAGAUUGGGACCAAGUCGUUGCGGACGUGUGCGUUUACAGUGUGAAAAUGGUCUUCGACAGCCCAGGGACGGAAGUGCAAAACACCUUGCGACUCGUCAGCGAGGCCGGGUUACUGGAUGCCGACACAACUCUGUUAACCGACGUGGACAAGCUCCCGGAGUGGUGCAGCCUGCAAAACCGGGAGUGGCACGAAAAAUUCUACAGCAACGCGCUCCGCUGCGCCUGGGUCGUGGAGGACCGGUGUCGCGACAUCUAUUGUGCCGCCGCCGCAUUCCCCGCGAACGAAGUGAAAAAAGUACCGGAAUGCUUGACGGACUGUCUCUCCUUUGCCAUCGCCAAAGUGGGCGUCGCCACCGUCCGCCGACAGACACUGAACAUUUUUGCCACUUGUUCCGACCGCAACGCGCCAUUCACUUUGGGGAUCAAACCUAUGUAAUCGGAAUAAAUCUAUCGCAAUACUACAUGCAAAUCGCCUACGCCUGCUAUAUCAAUAUACUUACACUGUCAUCUAAUUUUUAUCAAGUUGACAAGGCAGUGCACAUUGUAAUCAAUGCUGAAUCAUCUGUAGAAAAAAGUUAUGUCAUGCCAGAUGCCAUUGAAGAAAUACAUACGAGUAUCGGAUAGUACUUUUGCAGUGGAUCCUUCCCCCAAAGUUACGAUUUUCAUCGUCCACCAGCACACCGAGGGAACUGUUACCGCCGCGCGAACAAGGCCCUUCUGUUUCUGGUGAAGGAGCAAAAGAUCAGCAAAGAAGUCGCGGUGCUUCAUCGGCACUACACACGAAGGCGGAACAAGCUCCACUGGGAUUUUUGCCUGGCCAGAAAACAGCAACUGUAGAGGCUCCUGUAGAUGACGCACCAGAACUACUGGAGCACAAGAACGGCAGAGGAGGUGCUGACCAUGGCGAGAUUGUCCUCGCGGCUUUGCAAGAUGAACUCAAGCUGCAACCUCGAGGAUUUUCCUAUCAACAAGCUUCUCCUGCUACUUCUUCCGGGUCAAGAAUUUCUGGAAGGCUUCAAGAUCACGCUUCUUUGACGGAGAACUUCCCUAUGCAGCAGGAGGAGUCUACUUUUCACGCCGCCCUCUUAGCACGCCGACCACACAGCAGGCCGCCGCGACGUGCUCUCACGACUGUGUCCACCACUCUGGCCCUGGCGGACUACUUUUCCACCGUCAUAUCGACAGUAAAUUUCCUGUACACGUACAAAUGCUGUCUCUGCAUGAAAAAAUUUGCCUUCAAUCCUAGUGUAGCAUGACAAGUUGUACACUGCAAGUUAGCAAAAUGUGUCAUGCAUUUUGUACAUGUACAGGAAAUUUUAAUUUACAUUGCAUACGUCACUCACCACUUUUACGACAUUUUCAUUUACACCAACCGACAACUGAUUCUCACCGGCAGCGCCGCUGCCACCUUUGCCUCGGUCCAGGCCGAGUACGUGGUCGGCUUACUCGUCGCGAUCGCGUCCAGUAGGGUCCUCGUGGCGUCCGCUCUGUCACUGCUGGGCGGUCUGGCGGAGGCGUUGCUGAACCAGAAGGCGCUUUUUCCCUUGUCUCAGCACGGCGGCUGGAUUCUCAUUUUGACUCUGUGCGAAGCGCUCCCGGUAUACGCCGCAUUGCUGGCGCUGUUGCAGCAAUUAAUCGGAGACUACGUGUUCUCCCUGGUGUGCCUGCUGUUCUUAGCGUACAUCUAUCCACUGCAAAUUUAUAUUGCCUGGAUGUAGAAAACAAAGGAAACUUGUCAUGGUGCUGAAGUACAACUUCGCAGAUGAGGAGCAGAUUCAAUCAUCGCAGUUGGCAAGCUCAAGCAAGCAUGACGAGUUUUUUCUCGGCGCCAGUUCCUCGCUGUGUGAGUAUUUGAUAUGAAAACAUCCACUUUCGUCGCGAGUAAGCACUUACAUCAAACAAGUCCGAGUGAUGUUGUCGGACAGCAUGCGGUUGUACAAACGCUAGAUCCACAUUAGACACACAUAAUGUCCAGUUCCAAGAAAGCCAGACAUAAAUAUUUGCAAUGUCGAUGACACCGCGACGGGAAUCCGCACCGGUUGGAGACUGCUGACUCUGCGGAAGAUGAAUUUCGACUUGAGUAGCCUGAGUGCGUCCUCUAUCAAGGAGAAAAGACCCAUCCCCACGAUCCAAUUUGUCAUGCACAACAUGCAUGAAGUCCAGUGUUUGCCAUGCAAAAAAUGGAUGGGGAUGGUUUUUUUUCUAGGGAUAUCCUCGGGCUUUGGGCUUCUUCGUGGAGCGGACGCGGAGGAGGCGAACCUGCCCAAGGUGGACGGACAGGCUCUGCUACCCCCGGCGGAGGACGGCGGAAGGCAAGAAGGCACUCCCCCUGGAGCCGGGGCGGCAACAAGUACAAAGCAGACGGCGAGCAGUGUGCCAAGAACAUCGGCAGUUAGUGCCUCCGCAAACGUGGACCACAACGAUACAAAGAGAAUCAGCACCGCGCAGCUUGUUCGAGAUGAACAGGAACCACACAGCUUCCAGAGGGCACAACCUCGGCCAGCGGCAUUCCGGCAAGGCAGCGGCAACCUCGAGUCCUUUAACGAGCACCUCGAAUAUGCAAAUACAGAUAAUUCCAAUUUCCCGCACACGUACAGAAUGCAUGAAAGUUAAUGAAUUCUGGCAGCUAUAAUUUAAGAAGAGCCUGCAUUCAGAAUUGUAAAAAUGCUGAGCACUACUAGUAGUACUAGUAGCCCUUUGGCUAAACGUAGCCCUAGUAACUAGGGCUAGCGCCGUACUAGCUCAAAGGAAAGCUUUUGUCAACAUCAUGCGGGAACGAGCGCAAAUCGUACGUGUAGUCUGGAGGGAAAAAUGAAUUUUCUUUGGACAUCAAGGAAAAGCGGGAUGUGAUGUAUCGUUACAUCUGGCUCGAUUACGGGAUGAAGUUUCUCUGUCUAGCCCUUCUGGUUUUCACUCUCUUCCUAUGAGAGUGCACAAGUCCCGACCCUCAUCCAACUCAUUUGUUUCCACGAGCCGUUGCCUCUUGUUUGCACUGCUUGCAUGACCAGUUCCGGAAGGCGAAACACGACUAGAAUCGGGCAUCAAUUUGUCAUGCAAAAGCUGCAUUCUUGCCAGGGCUUGUGUUGCUGUGAAUGCCAUCCAAAUGAGGGGGAGGGGGAGUUGUGCUCUCUCAUACUUCCACUGGUGCUCGUCGCGCGGCUACACGGCGCUGCAAGCCGAAAUCUUAAAGGAAUUGCUGGAGCCGAUCACGUUGAUAGGAUUGAUUGUUGAUGUGGUCACGAAAAAGAUCAUCACCGCUGUCGCCGGGACGGAUCUGAUCUUGUUAUCAACUGCAAAUUAUGUAAUCUGGGUCUGGAAACUUGUGAUGCGCGUCGGACGAGCAUGAGGACAUUUGUCGCAAUUUUUGCUGGAGCAAAUGGCAAACUCAUUUGGAGCAUUUGGGUACAACAUACAUGACAGACUUUGGAGUUCUUGUUUUCAUGCUGGCCGAGCAUGGCAAACCGUGCACUACUCUUCCAGACCACCCAAACAUAUAAUUUGCAAUCCAUACUGAUACGGCUACUGCAAGACCGAGCUUUGGUCCUUGCGGAACCGCAACAGGCUUGCCGGGUUAGACGUGUCGGAGUUCGCGGUCAGCGACAAGCAGAUGCAGGUUUCUUUGGAGGAAAUGGGGCUUUUGGUAGGGGCAACGGAACUCGACGCGUUUUUAGCUGGGCCGGGGGGCGGUGGAGUAGAGAGCGGAAUAAAGCGGGCGUAAUGAAGUAUCGAGAACGGUGAAGCAGAAGGUGGAGGCUUUUGUGCCACUAGUUGUUGCCCAACCACACGACAGUAAAGCGUUUUUUUCUUUCCCACUUCAGGUGCAUUAGUAUUUUCUCUUUACUUUUUUACUUUUGAGAUUCAGCAUCAAUGUCAAUCAUGAAAUAUUCAUCACAUGAUGAAUCCAUCACACAAGUGAUUUUCAAAACAGUGCAGUUGUGCCCUCUGUAAAUCUUUUCGCCGCAUCAUGGAUGGUCUCGCUUCUAAUUCAAUCUCAGAUGAAAAAGAAUA